AUGGCGACGGCGGCAGUGGGCACCGCCCCGUGGCGGCUGUGGUGCCACUUCUCAUGCCCCGCCUUCUGCCGGAGCCGUCUCCCCUUCUCUCCCUUCCCCGCAUCCCCGAGGAGACCGCACCAGCGGAUCGCUAUCAGAAAGAGAAAGCCACCGGAGGCUUCGCCAUCUCCUUCUUCUUCCUCGUUUCGCCGCAGGACUGUGUGCUUCUUUUCUUCCGAUGGGAAUGGCAGCGGACCCUCCUCCGCUGCCGCUUCUCCUACCUCGGCCUCUGCUUCUACCAGUCCAUCUGCGGAGGAAUUGUAUCUGUACAACACGAUGACCAAGCAGAGGGAAGCAUUCCGGCCGCGGGUUCCUGGAAAGGUGGGGAUGUACGUAUGUGGGGUCACUACCUACGACCUCAGCCACAUUGGCCAUGCGCGAGCCUACGUCACCUUCGAUGUCCUUUACAGGUGGGAUUGUUUGCUGUGGCCUUCGCCACUACUGAAUUUCUCCUGGUCUCCAUUUUUUAGCUCUCUCUCUCUCUCUCUCCCAUUCCUAUGCUUGUGAGUCUUACGUCCUUGCGCUGCUCCUUGCCCAUUUUUCUCUCAAUGGUGUAAUCUUUCAAGAUUUGGGAUACUCUUCAUCGAGCUCCCUCGUCUCAGAUGGCUAAGUUGCCUGGCUUCCUCAUCGGCUCCUUUUCUUUCUUCCCCUGGUUUUCUGUACAUAGUUGCAAAAUGAUAUCAUGUGGUUCUUUUAGGACUUCCUGUAUUUUUUGCAAGAAACUAAUUUGAGUUUCUCUGCUGGUGUCGGACAAGUCUACCUAGAAUUUUCGUACGAGGCCCUCACCGUCUCCUGGGAAAGCUGCCUGAUACUUGAUUCAAUUCUAAAUACAUAUUAAAUAAGGCGGUAAUUUAAUAUUCUUACAAAACCCAUAUUGGCGCUCCUUUAAAUUCGAUAGGAAAAAAGUUGGUUCCUCUUCGCCUUUUCAUGACUAUUUUGAUCUAAUUUGUUUUCAAUUGAUGGAAGUGUAUUAUGAAAAGAAACUAAUUAUGACCCACAAAUAUGCAUAUCGCUCUGAUUCUAUUUUCUGUCGAUAGAAACAAAUUCUGUCAUUCAGAUCCCAAGACAGAGAAAGGUGUGAGGGUAAGGAUGAGAUGCUUUAGGUGCAAUGGAUUUUGUCUGCCCCCCGCCUCUGAAAGCGUCCUUCCAUAACAUUGUCUGGUCCGGUUCUUUCUUUCUUGAAUGUGGAAUCGUUUUAGAUCGUACCCGCCUCCACUCAAACCGAGCAAACUAAAGCGAGUGAGUUUACGAACGACGAUUAUUGAACGUUCUAAGUACAUCCAGCAGGAAUCGAACCUACUCAAUUUGCCAGCCAAUGUUGUAAUCAUUACUUUAUUUUUGAAGGACUGAAUUCCUGUCAAACAAUGUUUUCUGAUCCGCAGGUAUCUGAGGCAUUUGGGUUAUGAGGUCUGCUAUGUCCGUAACUUCACCGAUGUUGAUGACAAGGUCAGUUCCCCAAUUUAUGUUAAUGUGAUGACGGAUGUGGCAGGUUGAUUCUUUAUGGCGAGAAAUUUAGGUGAUGGAUCAGAGCUGCUUUUUCUCCUCUAUUAAUAUUCGAAUUGUAGAAUCAAUGUCAAAGGCCAAUUCUUCUUGAUUCGUGAUACAUGCCUCUUAAUUAAUCCUGAUAGCUGUGCAUUACUAAUGACUACCAUCCCUUCUACAUGGCUGUUGCAAUGUAAUGGUAUAUAUAUGUGAUUACUGGUGGUGAUCAUGCCAUCCUCGUCAUUGCUACAUUGUAAGGUUAUAGAUAUAAUUGUUGUUGAUGAUCAUCGCAUCUUCAUAAUAUCUUGAUUUAAUUAAUGUGAUUGAUGUGCCCAUGCUUCAAACACAUUACCAGUGUUUACGCUACCAUUUAUGAAGGAUUUUUCUCUCAAUGAUUAAAUGAACUGCCCCUUUUAACAUGUGAAGUGUAUCUGAUCAAGUUGAGUUAUAGAGCAUUCAUUAACUGUCCAACCUAGAGGGAGAAAGCUGUUGCACACCUGCUUUUGGUUGGUAGGGGAAUGCUCUAAUGGGCUAAGAUAUCUCGCCACUUACCUUUCCUUUUCCUUUCCCCUUUGAAUCACUUUCAUCGUGGAUGGAUCAUGGGAAAGAUUAAUUUUUGGUGUGGUUAAUUCUGGAUGACCAGAACUUAAACGGGAGUCUAAUGGACCAAUUAUAUCUUUAUUGGAGGUAAACCUCAGAAGUAAUUUUAUGGUGAGUGAACGUGAGAAAAAAAGAUACUGCAGGGGAAUGCCAUGUGGCCAACAUGUGAGUGAGAGUGACAUUUGCACAUUUGCAAAGCUUACGUUUGAGGCACAUUGAACUUCAUUUUAUUACCAUGUUUUCAACUCAGAUGCAAUUUUUAUGCACCAUCCCAUAAUUACCACAGGAAUUGCUUUACCAACCCUUUCUUCUUACAUAUGUAUGACAGGACACCUGAGUUCUGUACUUUUGCAAUUAUGUAGAUAAUUGCUCGGGCUAAUGACCUCGGGGAGGAUCCUUUAACUCUGAGCAGCCGUUUCUGUGAAGAAUUCCAUGCUGACAUGGCUCACCUUCAGUGCCUGCCUCCUUCUGUUGAACCAAAAGUAUCCGAACAUAUAAACCAGAUCAUAGACAUGAUUAAGGAGGUUUGUUGUUUUCAUCCUUUUCCCUUAUGAUCACGUUGUUGCCUGCUCUGCUGCCAACAUCCGAAUUGCUCAUAGGCUGUUAUCGUUUAGCGUUCUUCCAUGCUGUAAUAGAUUAUACUUAAGGUUAUGCCUCCCGGUGGUGAAUUAUGAUAUGAUUUUCGCUAGGGAUGAUGGUAUUGAAUAGUUAUUAUCUCAGUUGGUAUCUUCCGUUAUGUGUUUACAUAUUUUCUUCCCCUUAUUAUAUUAAGCCUAAUAUAACUCCUUUUAAGGAAGAUUGAUGCCACGAGUUUUUAGUAUUUUGAGUAUUUUCUUAUUUUUGGUAAUAACUUCUCAUACUAAUGGUUUAAUCCAUCAUAUUUUUCGGAUAUUGUAGUCUGCUAAUUUGUUCGUUAAUAACUUAACAUUAGCAGUCAUUGAUGUACCAUCUAUGAAUUGAAUUUGCCUGCUCUGACAGCCGUUUUGGAGGCAUAAUUAUUUGCGUAAUAACUUUUGUUUUCAUUUUCUGAAUUGAUAGGAAAUAAGUGUGUAUCGGAUUGGCUGGCCCCUGAAAUUCGCUCAAGCUACAUUGUAGCUUAUUUUGGAUUUUUUUUAAUCUUUGAUUUGAAUUAAAAUGUAUGAUAAUUUGGUGAAACAUGUUGGAGAUUUUUUUCUGUUGAUUAUAAAUUAGCAGCAUAAUAUUCGCAUCAAAUUUCGAGGGAAUAUUUCAACUCCUGGUGCACACUUGUUCUUCCAACUAUCAAACGCUAAGUGUGCAUUAGUGGUUUGAAUAAAAUUCACAUGGAGAAAGAUUCUAACUUGAUUCUGUAUUUUUUGUAUGACCUCGGAUUUUAGUUCAACUAUGUUAUACUUUGGUUAAGCAUGUUAUGGAACUUUUUUCCUCGUCAAUUACAAAAUUAGGAGCAAAAAAAUUUGGAUCAAAUUUUGGUAGAAUCACUGUCUUGCUGGGCUGCUCACCCAUACUGAUCUGAAUUCUGAGCAGAUCUUUGACAAUGGAUACGCCUACAUGAUUGAUGGCGAUGUCUACUUCUCUGUGGACAAAUUCCCUUCUUAUGGGAAGCUCUCCGGCAGGAAACUAGAAGACAAUCGUGCAGGGGAGCGAGUCUCCGUUGACUCCAGGAAACAAAAUCCCGCUGACUUUGCCUUGUGGAAGGUAAUUCCUAGCAGCAGUAGCCCUCCUCCUUCCCCAUAAUCCAUUACCCACAGUUCAUUCACCAUGCUUCUCUUCUGGGUAUGAAUGGCAGUCGGCCAAGCCAGGGGAGCCCCAGUGGGAGAGCCCGUGGGGGCCCGGCCGGCCUGGAUGGCACAUCGAGUGCAGUGCGAUGAGCAAAACCUACCUGGGCUACUCCUUUGACAUCCAUGGAGGGGGGAUGGACCUCGUCUUCCCCCACCAUGAGAAUGAGAUCGCCCAGAGCUGUGCUGCCUGCAGGAGCAGCCGCAUAAAUUAUUGGGUCCACAAUGGGUUUGUCACUGUGGACUCGGAGAAGAUGUCCAAGUCCCUUGGGAAUUUCUUCACAAUCCGCCAGGUGGCGCCUUCUGUACCAACUCCCAUUUCCCCUCAUUUUUCUUCGAUUGCGGUAAUUCUCAACUCCCCUCCCAUAAUUAAUUUAUAUCCAGGUCAUUGAUCUUUAUCAUCCGCUGGCCCUGAGGCUCUUCCUCCUUGGGACCCACUACCGGUCUCCGAUCAACCACUCGGACUCGCAUCUCGAGACCGCCUCCGACCGCCUCUUCUACAUCUACCAGGUGGCUGAAGAUGGCAUUUCUCCUGUGCCGAUGGAGGAGUGAUUCCUUUCUCUGAUGUUGAUCUGUGGAAUCUUCAGACCCUGGUUGACUGCGAGGAGUUCCUUGGCUGGCGUGCAGAGGGCAGUCUGAAGGAUUCUCUGCCGGUGGGCACCCGGGACUGCAUAAACAAGUUCCGUGCCGAGUUCAAGAACUCCAUGGCCGACGAUCUGCACACCCCUGUUCUCCUGGCUGCCCUCUCUGAUCCUCUGAAGACGAUCAACGACCUCCUGCAUACCCGAAAGGUUGGUGCGGGUUCCCCUGGUUUUGCUUCGACUUUAGUUAUUUUAUUUUAUUAUUAUUUUAGGUCCUUGGGCAUCCAAUUCGCAGCCAGUUACUGAUGAUUGGAUCAGAACCCCUUACAUAAUGACGGGUUAUAUAUAUAUUAUCAAUUUGGGCGUAGUUCAAGCUGUGUCCCAAACAUGUGUGAGGCUAAUUUAUGCAAUCAUUAGUAAAUAGUGAAUCUAGGAAAUCGCUUGCCAGUAUACUUGUUUUUACCAAGGUGGGACUAAUCUAAGAUGCUAGAUCACAUACAUGAGCCUACUUUUGGGUGUAUUCACAAUUCAGGAAUAGCCAUUGACUUUAGUGAUUCUACUGUCAGUGCAUCUUUUUUGUUUAAGUUAUUUUUCAACGUGGGAUCAUUUAUUUGACACAUCUCUCAGGGGAGGAAGCAAGAGCUGCGAGCUGAGUCCCUUGUGGCGCUGGAAAGGGAGAUCAGGAAGGCUUUGACCGUCCUGGGGCUGAUGCCUUCGAGUUACUCCGAGGUGCAAGUUCAGCUCCUGCUAUUUUUGGAAAAUGGGUUCUUCAUCUUUAGGCUGUAUGGUUGACUGUCCGCAUCUGUGUCAGGUCCUACUAGAGCUCAGAGACAAGGCCUUAAGGAGGGCCGGGUUGACCGAGGAGCAGGUGCUGCAGAAGAUCGUGGACAGGACCUCGGCCAGGAAGAACCAGCAGUACGAGACGUCCGAUGAGAUCAGGAAGGAGCUGGCCGCUGUGGGGAUCGCCCUCAUGGACGCUCCUGAUGGAACCACGUGGCGCCCUGGGAUUCCCCUGCGCCUGGAGGAGCAUGUGGCUCCUCCUGCUUGA